AAUAGUUGAUCCUUUAACUGAGGAGGGAAAAGCCAGAGCGUAGCAGAGUCCCGGAGACCACAGGUUGCCCUGCCAUCUCUCUGUUACCACCUCCAGCAAGACAUCAGCCAUGGCUAAAGGCUUCUACAUCAGUAAGAACAUGGGGCUAGCAGGCCUUCUGAUGGGGGCUGCAGCAGUGGUCAUCAUCAUAGCCCUGGCAGCAGUCUACGAUAAGGAAAAGACCAAGAACCAGAACAUACCUGUGGAUGGUGUGACCGUGUUGACCACUGCCUCUCCAGACACCAUCUCCACCAUCUCCACUCCUAAAGACCCCUGGGAACACUACAGACUGCCUGACUCGCUGUCUCCCGUCUCCUACAACAUCACCCUCUGGCCUCGACUGGUUGUCAACGCCUCUACUGGCCUCUACAUCUUCACAGGACAGUCAGCUGUGGUGUUCCAGUGUGAGAAGGACACAGAUCUGAUCGUCAUCCACUGUAACAAGCUGAACCUGACUCUGCUCGACGGCCACCAUGCUAGACUGACUGGCCUGGAUGGAGCGACUGCUCCUAACGUAAAGACUAGCUGGCUGCAGGUGAAGACCGAGUACCUGGUCAUUCAGCUGAAUGGGAAGCUAGCUGCUGGCAAGUCCUAUAGGCUUUCCACAGACUUCCAGGGAGAGCUGGCUGAUGACCUGAAAGGAUUCUAUAGGAGUGAAUAUACAGAAGAUGGUGUUAAAAAAGUUGUAGCCACGUCUCAGAUGCAGGCCACGUUCGCCAGGAAAGCCUUCCCCUGUUUCGAUGAACCUGCCAUGAAGGCCGUGUUCCACAUUACGCUCAUCCACCAACGAGGAACUGUAGCUCUGUCCAACGGCCGGGACGUUGAGACCGUCAACACCACCAUAGAUGGCACUGAAGUCACCAUGACCAGAUUUGAGCCCACUAAAAGAAUGUCAACAUACCUCCUGGCAUUUAUCGUCAGUGACUUCGCUCAUAUCACUGGAUCGAUAGAGAACGACAACGUUUUGGUCCGUAUCUGGGCUCGGAGGAAGGCUAUAGCUGAGGGACAUGGACACUACGCUCUCAAUGUUACAGGACCAAUGCUCAAGUUUUUUGAACGAUACUACAAUGCCAGCUACCCGCUGUCCAAGUCAGACCAGAUAGCUCUGCCUGACUUCAACGCUGGAGCAAUGGAGAACUGGGGUCUGAUCACCUACAGAGAGACAGCCCUGCUGUACGAUCCAGCCAUCUCCUCUGUUGGAAACAAAGAGAGAGUCUUGACUGUGGUGGCUCACGAACUGGCUCAUAUGUGGUUUGGGAACCUGGUGACUCUGAGAUGGUGGAAUGACCUGUGGCUGAACGAGGGCUUUGCCAGCUACGUGGAGUAUCUAGGAGCUGACUACGCUGAACCCACCUGGAACAUCAAAGAGCAGAUCAUCCUGAAUGAUGUCCACAAGGUGUUUGCUGUGGACGCCCUGGCCUCAUCUCAUCCUCUGUCCCGUAAAGAGGAGGAAGUCAACCAGCCUGACGAGAUCAGUGAGAUGUUCAACACCAUCUCCUACAGCAAGGCCAUCUCCUACAGCAAGGUUCUCUAUGUUCUAGAACAUCUCCUACAGCAAGGUUCUCCAUGCUCUAGGCCAUCUCCUACAGCAAGGUUCUCUAUGUUCCAGAACAUCUCCUACAGCAAG